CCCAGUAUAUGGAUUCGAUUACAUAAUACAAUUUCUCAGUCUUUAGCAGUCCACUUAGAUACACAGACUUCGGCGAGACCACGAUGUCACCGACUGUGAUCCUCGUCGAGGCUCUACUGAUGGGAUGUUUAGUCAUUAAUAUCCCAGUGCGUGUCAGUGGUCUAGUGGAGCCUCUUCCUAUGCCAGAUAUUCUAGAAAACUGCUACAAAUAUCGAACCCAAAUCCUUAACGUCACCGACAUGCCAGCCAAUGAGAUUAGUUCGUUUUGUAUCACAAACUUUCUCUAUAAGACAUACCAUCUACGUCCUCAAAGACCUAUCGCUAAUGAGACCAUUCAGUAUGCGCAAGAACUGUUUCGGCAAGUAUUUGGAGAUGCUCAAAAACGUCGCAGGAGUAAAAGACAGUUAACCCAAAGUGUUCGACGGGAAGUUCGGAUGAUGCCCCGUCAGAUGUGGAAUACGUUUGUUGCACGGAUAAACAUUCUAAAGAAUCAAUUUGUUGGUCCCAACAUAAGUCGAUACGAUGCGUUUGCUGAUAUCCAUCGACUGGUUAUAGAUUCUGCGCAUGGUGGCCCAAACUUUUUUGGAUGGCAUGCUGUGUAUUUGAUAUUAUUUGAGCGAGCCGUUGGAGUUCCGGUGCCAUACUGGGAUACCCGACUUGAUUUCUAUAUGGAGCAACCUACUGAUUCUGUUUUGUGGACACCGGAAUUUUUCGGAGAAGGAUUUGGUGCCGUUACAAAUGGUCCUUUCGCCAACUGGUAUACACCAGAUAAUAUUCCACUUACUCGAAACAUCGGUAAUGCUGGAACCCUUAUCAGCGAUGAAAAUGUACAGGCUGUUUUAACACGAACACGUCACAGCGAGAUUGUUGAACCUAAUCCAAAUCCUCAGUAUAGUCUGGAAAUCCACCACAAUGGGCCUCAUGUCUGGGUUGAUGGUCAGUUAUCGGCAGGGGUAACAGCGGCCCAGGACCCUGUCUUCUUCAUGCUUCAUUCGUUUGUAAAUUAUUUCUGGGUAUUAUUCCGGAACAGACAAAGGGGACUUGGAAUCGACCCUGCUACUGAUUACCCUCCUACCAAUAAUCCAAGUCAACAGCCUUUCGGUCGAAUGAUUCCCUUUCCCUUCCAGCUCAGAAACGUUGACGGGUACAGUAACCAGAUCGAGGCUCUGUCGACAUACCAGCCUCCACCAACGUGUCCUACAUGUGGCGGAAGUUCCUAUUUGGAAUGCGUCAAUGGUAGAUGUCGCUCUCGCGUUGGUCUUGUUGCAAGUGGUGCCCCGAUGGCUAGAAUGGCUGGAAUGGAUGCAAUGGGAGGAGGAGCUGCAGCAUUUAGCUCGCCCACAGCUGGCGGACAGGCAAGAGCCCAGCAAACAGUAGCACAGACUGGGCCUCUACCGAUAGGAAAUCGUUUCAGCACUCCUUUCCGCGACCCCAGAACAAGAGGCGAUACAAUUCCUAAUGCCCCUGCAAGAAGAGGGAGACGAAGUACUUCGCAAAAUACUACCUCAACAAAAACAUCAAAUUUAAAUUUCGACAAUUCUCAAAUAAACAAGCCUUACCAAAAUACGUUUCUCCUGAAUGGUGUAAGCGAUGUCAAACGUUGGUCUUUUAUACCCGUAAGAAUAAUAUUUGAAAGAACCCCAAAGUCAAAAUUUCGAUCAUUUAUAAUAAAAGAUGGCAACUUGAUAGAGACAAAUGACAUGUUCGAAACUCAAGAAUAUAAAGGCCUCAAAGUUGAAAUAAAGAAGAGGAUGCCAGCGACCUACAAGAAAUGUCAUGUAUCCGGUUCCGGUGCGUCCAAAGUUUACGUCCAAACCGACGGUAUUGACUAUUCAGGCAGGUACAAGGACUAUGCUGUAGUGGACGAGAGAUUGCCUAUCUCCUCCUCUAUGACGUAUAUUGGAGUCAAAAAUCCAACUGAAGGGGCUGCUCAGUUCCACAUGACCGCGUACGACUCGUGUGGACGUGUUUGUAGACCCCAGUGUCUCACUAACGGAAUCUACCGACCAUGUUCGGGAACAUUCCGUGUAACCUCAACGUAUCCGAAAAUGUAUGGACUUUCGUAUGAGGAUGCUGUGAAGGGAAUUUGGAAAAAGGGCAGCAAUCUCCUUCCCGAAAGCCACUCCGGUGAAGUUCCUGUCACUUUCUUUUGUGACGCAUACCAGUCAUGGCCAUGGGUUUACGAAUAAGACCAUGGGUUUACGAGUAAGACCACGGGUUUACGAGUAAGACCAUUGGUCUACGAGUAAGACCAUGGGUUUACGCGUAAGACCAUUGGUCUACGAGUAAGACCAUGGGUCUACGAGUAAGACCAUGGUUCUACGAGUAAGACCACUGGUUUACAAGUAGGACCACGGGCUUACGAGUAGGAACAUGGGUUUACGAAUAAGACCAUGGGUCUACGAGUAAGACCAUGGGUCUACGAGUAGGAACAUGGGUUUACGAAUAAGACCACGGGUUUACGAUUAGUAACAUGGGCUUACGAUUAAGACCAUGGGUUUACAAUAACAUCACGAGUCUACGAGUAAGACCAUGGGUUUACGAGUAAGACCAUGGAUUUACGAAAAAAAACAUGGUUUUACGAAUAAGACCAAUGUCGCCUUGCAUUGAUUGAUACUUUAAAUACACCAUCGCUAAAUAGAAAAUUAAAUGAAAAACUUCAGAUUUGUUAAAUUUUAUUAAUAUGCCAAAAUUAUAAGUUACAAUUAUCAGUUCCUUUUUUUAGAAAUAAAUGCUUGUUUAGUAUUCAGUGUAUGUUAAAAAGUGUAUUACCUCAAUCUUCGAGAUUCAUUAUUUUUGUUUUAGAACAAAAGGGCACAGAUGAUGUAAACAAAGUCAGAUAAAAAAAAUUGUCCUCUGAUAUUCAAAACUGAAAUAUCUACCAGGCAAUGUUUUCUUUAAUCUAUGUUUAUAUCAUGUAAUAAUUAGAUAGUGUCAUUAUCCGAGCAAAGCAGAUACAGAUGUUGAAAAAAUAUCGUUAACAUUUUUCUCCGAGAUCCGACACAAAAACAUCUACCUUUUUUUCGAAAAAAAAGAAUGUUUAUGCAUUACAAAUUUCAACUUAUCAAGUUUGGAUAUCUUUUCUUCAAAUAAAAUUAUGUUUUUUUA